AUGGAUCUUCGAGAACGGCUCCCAAAGAAGCCCACGACCGUUCCCAAGGAAAAGAAGAAAAAAUAUCGUCGGAAAAAUGGGAGACCGGGUCCCAAGAGAGGACCAGGAUUUUAUAUAAAUAUGAAAUACCGAAAAAAGAAGGCCGAGCGACUGGCCCAACAGGCUGAUGCCCAGCUGGCUCAGCAGCCCGCUGCUCCAGCUCCCACCCCAAUCGUCCCCGUCCUCCAGCCACUCCCAGCCACAAGCCCACAGGCGCCACAGGCUCGAAAAAAAAAGCCGGGACGCAAAAGGGGGCCUGACUACUUCAAAAAUUUGAUGGAUAGACGACGUCGAGAAGCAGCAAAGCAAGCGGCUUCUCAAGUUGCUGUUGCUCAGUUGGCCCAGCAGUCAAGAGCUCCAGCUCUCGCGCCUGGGAAGCCGGGACGCCCAAGGGGGCCCAACUACGUCCGCAAUUUGAAAUGGCGGAAGAAGGCAGGACCAACAACUCCACUCCCUGUUGUACAGUUGGGUCUGCAGCCAGCAGCCGCCAUCAUCCCCCAACCACCGCCUAAAAGGAAGAGCAAAAAAGCAAACGCUCAUAAAAACCGACAGUUGAAAUUGAUGGAAAAGAAGGCUGCGACCAAGCCCGUCUACCGAGAAAACCGGCAGUACCAGAAAAGAAAGGCAGUCGUCCCAGCUCCACGAGUUACUCUGGAUCGAGCUGGAUCUCCGGAUCGAGCUGAUCCUCCGGUCGCAGUUGAUGAUCGGGCAAGAUCUCCAGCAGCUGCAGAUCUUCCAAUCGAUGUCGAAGAUCGGGAAGGAUCACCCUCUUCGGCAGCUCCACCAACAGCCUUUGUUGAUCGGGAUGUGUCUCCAAAUGCAGCUGAUCCUCCCAUCGUCGACCCGGCUUCUCUGGUCGUUGUCGAAAAUCGCGCUGUAUCACCGAAUCCAGUUAACCCCGCGGAAGAUGGUUUUGAUUCUGUUGACGAAGGUUCCAAUGAUGGCGGCCAGCUGUUGCCCUCCGGAUCCUCGGACGCUCGCGAUGAGUUUGUUGUCUACCACUCCGAGAGACCAGCUUCUCCUGUGAAUGAGGAAUCAGUAUCAGCAGAUGUGUUUUCUGAUGUUCUUGAUGCUCCAGUAUGUCCUGGACCAUCCAUCUCAACUCCUGCUCCACGUGUCGAGGAUCGAUCGGAAACUUGGAAUGGCGAUCUUCCAAUCGCUGUCGAGGAUCUGGUUGGACCCUCAGCUGCUGCUGAUCCUCCAGGCGUUGUCAAGGAUCUGGUUUCAUCAGCUUUAGUGGAUCCACAUGAUAGAGAUGAUAAUGCUCUUCCUCAGUCAACCGUCUCUCCGGCUGUCACAUCGCUUGCCAUAAAACCUGAAUCCCAUUCCCAAGAUUCCAAUGAUGAAGACAUCACUGAUGUCCCUGGAACUUCUCAGUUUGCUGUAGAGGAUGAUCAUGAUACUGUGUGUGCCAUCGAUGGAGUCGAUAAGAUGACGACGGAGUCAAUAAGAAGUGGGGACAAGGAACCGUUUCUCCACCAUCUCAAUCGGUUCCAAGUUGCCUCAAAACCAUUCAUGGGUGUAUUCGCUGCAGGCGAAGAAAAGGCGUUUACUAAUCAAGAACUCACCCUUCACAUCCACGAGGACGGACACGAUUUUGAAGAGAAGUUGGACGGGCUGAGGGAUAUCCAUCUCUUCAAAAAUCGGGAUGGUUUGCAAAUGGUAAUCCCUGAAGAGUUGAAUCUGACUACCCUCAUGGAUUUCCUCCCACAAAUCGAAGUUCCAGUCAUAAACAGUUACACUCGUGGAACUGAAAAGAUGCAAUUGAGUGAGGUGGCAAGACUCAUCAAUUUACCUGAGGGCCAGAGGGAAGCACCUUGGAACUUGUUGAGUUUCGAGAUGAGCCACACGGACUGCCGGAUCGCCAGAGAUUUCAAGGAACCACUCUUCGUCCGCGAGAACUCCAUCGUCAAUCGCCUUGAGGAGAGGUUGAAAGAGGAGCUCCAAAUCAUUGAGAACCAGCUCCUGGAAGAUCAAACCUUGGCCGAGAAGAAGAAGCUCAAGGAGGAGAAGGCGGCCAUUCGUGUCCAGUUGAAGAGUAUGCCAAAGUACCAGAAGUUUCUUCUGGUUACCAUGGCCAACUCCUACACGGACAUCCACGUGGACCCCUCUGGUACCUGUGUGUACUACCACGUGAAAGAGGGUCGCAAAAUCUUCUAUGUGGCUCCUCCCACCGAGAGAAAUCUGGAGAUUUAUAAAAGAUAUGAAGGAAGUAAUCCCCCGGAGAAAUGGAUUGUGGAGGAGAUUUUCGAUGAGCUCCAGCGGGUUGAGAUCAAGAAAGGCUACACGGCCUUCAUCCCCGCUGGAUACAUCCAUGCCGUGUACACUCCAGAAGAUUCAAUCGUCUUCGGAGGAAACUUCCUCAUGGAUGGACACAUUGACCGCCAUUUUGAGAUGACGGCAGUCGAGGAGAAAGCCCUGGAAUUCGGCCACAUCGAAGUCGACAACACGUUCCCAAACUUCGAAAACGUCAUGUGGCGGUAUACCGAUAAAGUGGUGAACGAAAGACUUCAAAAGCCCAAUCCUCAUUGGAAAGAUGCCGUCGCCCCUCUACUCCUUCGCGAGAAUCUCGACGAGGCUAAGAAGCCAAACAGGAAGCUUGGAACAAAAGUAUGGUAUUCAAAAACUGAGAGGAUAAAGAUUGUGGGACAACUGAAGAGGUUGCAUGAUGACUACACCAUCAGGAAAAUGAGGGAAGACGGAGCAACUUGGGAAGAAGAACAUGAGGCAGGACAACCAUCAAAGAGAAGAAAACUCUGCAGAAAGGAAUAA